AUGACUGUGGUUAGCAAUCAUUUACAAGUUAACAAGUUACAAAACGAAAAAAUUCCAGAUAUCUCUGCACUGUCUAUCUCCUCUCUUUCCGAUUAUCAUGCCUUUGAUUUUGUCGGUAAGGAUUUGCAACGGGAAGCCGUCAUUGAUAUCUUAGACAAUUCUGGUUUCAUUCCUGAUGAUCUGAUUGAACAGGAAGUGGAUUGGUUCUAUAAUUCCUUGGGAAUUGACGAUUUAUUUUUUGCAAGAGAAAGUCCUCAAUUAUUAGCAAACAUCAUUCACUCGUUGUAUGCUUCCAAAUUGGACUCAUUUGCCAAAUCUAAAUUUAGUAAUGACAAUCCAGAAUUGUUUAAUAUUAAAAACAAGAUCAUUACGGGCCAAAACCAUGCUAUCUUUAUGGAAACUAACGAUAUGCACGGUCAAACUCCAUAUCAAUUGGAUUUUGACGUGGAUGAUCUUUUCUUAGAUAACAAGGACAGUCAUCCAACUAGAUUGGUGGCAUUUUGGACCCCUGAAAGUGAUUUGAAAUUAACUUUUGUUUACGAUAGUGUCUUUGAAAAUGACAAUGAUGAAGAAGAACAAAAGGAAAUUUCAGCUUCUGAAUUAUUAAGAGGUCAAAUUAAUUCUAUUAGUGAUAAGACUAUGGCGGAAAUAUUUUCAGAUGAAAAUAAAAAAUUGUAUGGUUUAUUGAUUAAUUUGGUACAAGAAAGAGAAGGUCCCGUCAUUAAGACAACCCAUUCUGUUCAAAAUAAGGAUGAAAUCAGAUUAUUAGUCGCCUUUAAGAGAUUUACCACAAAGAGCUAUUAUUCUGCUAUAAAUUCUUUAUUCCAUUAUUACAAGAUUAGACCUUCAAAAUUUUAUUUGGAAUCAUUUAAAAUGAAUAACAAUGCUAAAGAUAAUGUGGUUAUCUUUUCCAUUUACAUGAAUCAAACUCAACAAUCUGAAGAUUUAUUACCACAUGAUUUAGAAUUAGCAAUAAAACAAAUUGAAAGAGAAGCUUCACUUUUAUAUACUAUUCCAAAUAAUUCAUUCUCAAAAGUUUAUGAAGAACGUCAAUUUUCUCCACAAGAAGCUGUUUAUGCUCAUGUAGCAUCAAUUUUCAUUAAUCAUUUUAUUAAUAGAUUAGGUUCAGAUUAUCAAGCACUACUAUCUCAAAUUUCACCAAAGGAAAAUGAUACAAUCUUAUUAGAAGUUAUUACCAAUUUGAAAAGAAAAUUAAGAAAUGAAACUUUUACUCAACAAAUGAUUAUUGAUGUCUUACAGAAAUAUCAUAGAAUUGUUUCAAAAUUAUACAAGAAUUUUGCUCAAUUACAUUACUAUCAUGAUUCUUCCAAAAAAUUAGAGGCAACAUUAUCAUACAAGAGAUUAGCAAAAUUAGAACCUUUCCAAAAUGAUCAGGAAUUUGAAGCUCAUUUGAAUAAAUUUAUUCCAAAUGAUACUCCUGAUUUAUUAAUCUUAAAGACUUUAAAUUUAUUUAAUAAAUCAAUUUUGAAGACCAACUUCUUCAUUACAAGAAAAGUUGCCAUCUCAUUUAGAUUGAAUCCAGAAUUAAUUAUGCCAAAGACUGAAUAUCCUGAUACUCCAUAUGGUCUUUUCUUUGUUGUUGGUAAUACUUUUAAAGGUUUCCAUAUCAGAUUUAGAGAUAUUGCAAGAGGUGGUAUUCGUAUCGUUUGUUCAAAAACGCAAGAUAUCUUUGAUAUGAAUUCAAAAACUGUCAUUGAUGAAAAUUAUCAAUUAGCUUCCACACAACAACGUAAAAAUAAAGAUAUUCCAGAAGGUGGUGCAAAGGGUGUUAUCUUAUUAAAUCCAGGAUUAAUUGAACAAGAUCAAACCUUUAUUGCAUUUAGUCAAUAUAUUGAUUCCAUCAUUGAUAUCUUAAUUAAAGAUCCAUUAAAGGAAAAAUAUGCUGAUUGUCUUGACAAGGAAGAAAUAUUAUUCUUAGGUCCCGAUGAAGGUACUGCUGGAUUUGUUGAUUGGGCAACAAAUCAUGCUAAGAGGAGAGGUUGCCCAUGGUGGAAAUCAUUUCUCACUGGUAAAUCUCAAAACUUAGGUGGUAUCCCACAUGAUGAAUAUGGUAUGACUACGAUUGGUGUUCGUGCCUAUGUUAAUAAGAUGUAUGAAACUUUGCACUUAAAUGAUACAAUAAUUAGAAAAUUCCAAACUGGUGGACCGGAUGGUGACCUAGGUUCUAAUGAAAUCUUAUUAUCAACUGACAAUGAACAAUAUGUUUCAAUAUUAGAUGGAUCUGGUGUACUUUAUGAUCCAAAUGGGAUUGAUAAGGAAGAAUUAUUUAGAUUGGCUCAUGAAAGAUUAAUGAUUUCCUCAUUUGAUAUUACCAAAUUAAGCAAAUUAGGAUUCUUUGUUUCUGUAUCUGAUAUUGAUAUAAUGUUACCUAAUGGUACAAUCGUGGCAAAUGGUACAUCUUUUAGAAAUACUUUCCAUACUCAAAUUUUUAAGUUUGUGGAUCAUGUUGAUUUGUUUGUACCAUGUGGUGGUAGACCAAAUUCUAUUAAUUUGAGUAAUUUACAUUUCUUCAUUGAUGAAAAGACAAAUAAAACAAAGAUUCCAUACAUUGUAGAGGGGGCCAAUUUAUUCAUUGCACAGACAUGUAAGAUUUCCUUAGAGAGACAUGGUUGUGUCUUCUUUAAAGAUGCUUCAGCAAAUAAAGGUGGUGUUACAUCUUCUUCAUUAGAGGUUUUAGCUUCCUUAGCAUUAAAUGAUGACGAUUUCGUUAAUAAAUUUGUUGGUCCAAAUAAUGAAAGAACAAUUUUAUACAAAUCUUAUGUCGUGGAAGUUCAAUCAAGAAUUCAAAAAAAUGCUGAGGCUGAAUUUAAUCAAUUGUGGAAAAUUAAUCAAACUUCUGGUACACCAAUUUCUGAACUUUCUAAUAUAUUAUCCCAAACAAUUAAUAAGUUGAAUGACGAUUUGAUGGAUUCUGAAGAAUUAUGGUUAAAUGAUUUGAAACUGCGUAACUAUUUGUUAUUGAAGAAGAUCAUUCCAAAAUUAUUGAUUGAUGUAGCAGGUGAAGAUCAAAUCUUAAAUAAUAUUCCAGAAUCUUAUUUGAAAGUUAUGCUAUCAAGUUAUUUGGCAAGUUCAUUUGUUUAUAAGUAUGGUAUUGAUGUCAAUAUUGGUAAGUUCCUAGAAUUCAUCGGAACUUUGAAGAGAGAAGUACCUCAGUUUGAUGAUGAACAUGAAAUACAAAUUUUAGAUAAUGAAAAAAAUUAG